AUCACCACCGACCAGUCUACUCUUCUUGCUUUGAGAUCCUAUAUCACUAGUGACCCUCACGACAUCUUGGUCAACUGGUCAAGCACCACCUAUGUCUGCAACUGGAUUGGCGUUACUUGUGGUGCUCGCCACCGCAGAGUAGCAUCAUUGAAUCUCUCGUACAUGGGUUUCACAGGAACCAUUCCACCACACUUAGGCAACCUCUCAUUCCUUGUUGCACUAAGCUUCAACAAUAACAGCUUCCAUGGUACUUUGCCCUAUGAAUUGUCUUAUUUGCGUCGCUUGAAGUUGGUUAGCUUCGGAUACAACAACUUUAUGGGAUCCAUUCCAUCGUGGUUUGGGGCCUUCCCCAAACUUCAAAGCUUCUAUUUGCAUGGCAAUCAAUUUUCAGGUUCCAUACCCGCGACUGUCUUCAACUUGUCUACAUUGCAAGUAAUUAAUCUAAACAAUAAUCAACUAUCAGGUGGGAUACCAAGAGAAAUAGGGAACUUAACAAUUCUGAAGGAGAUACACCUUGACUCCAACAAUUUCCACGAAAUUCCAAAAGAGAUUGGCAAUUUAGAUAAGCUCGAGAGGUUGUAUGUGCAGUCUAAUGCCCUAAAAGGCCCUGUUCCUUUGGCUGUUUUCAACAUGUCGUCUUUGAUUACAUUGGCUCUGUAUGGAAGCAACUUGAGUGGUGGUCUUCUAGACAAUAUAUGCCAGCAUCUUCCUAGUAUUCACGUGCUCAAUUUGGGUCGUAACCACUUUGAUGGUCCACUUCCAUCCAAAUUAUGGCAAUGCAAAGAGCUUCUUAUAUUAUCACUGGAAGAGAACAACUUCAGUGGAAGCAUACCCAAAAAUAUUGGCAACUUAACCCAGUUAAUGGUUAUUACUCUUAGCAGUAACAAUUUGAGAGGCACUAUACCAGAUGAGAUCGGUGAUCUUCAAAAUUUAGAGAUUUUUACAGUCGGUGGAAAUAAUCUGAAUGGCCUCAUCCCAUCCUCAAUCUUCAAUAUGUCAACCAUCAGAGUAAUGGCCCUUGAUACAAAUCCGCUAUCGGGUAGCCUCCUAGCAAACAUAGGCCUCGGGGUUCCAAACCUACAAUUCUUUUACGUGGGAGCAACUGACCUCAGCGGAGUAAUCCCCAACCUCUCCAAUGCUUCUAUGCUCAUCAAUAUGGAUUUGGGCAGAAACUCAUUUACAGGGUUUAUUCCAAGCACGCUCUGUGCCUUAACAAACAUUGAGUCCAUUAGAUUAGGAAGUAAUAAUUUGACGAUUGAGACUUCGACUCUCUCUUGUUUGGCUAAUCUUGGAAAUUUGAGAACACUAAGCUUGGCAAAUAAUCCGUUAAAUGCCAGACUUGAUGAUUCCUUUUGGAAUUUCUCUACAUCGAGGCUUCAAUUCAUUAAUUUACAAAAUUCCAGCAUGAGGGGUAGCAUUCCCUUUAGUAUUGGCAACUUGAGCAGCUUGAUAUCCUUAAGCCUGGAAUACAAUCAAUUGAGUGGAUCAAUUCCAACUUCUGUGGGAAGACUUGGGAAUCUCCAAGGUUUGUACUUGGGCUACAACAAAUUGCAAGGGCAUAUCCCAUAUGAACUUUGUGAGCUAUAUAACCUAGCUGAAUUGGAUUUGGGUAGCAAUCAGCUCUCUAGUUCUAUACCUUUCUGUUUGGGUAAUUUAACUGCAUCUUUAAGACAUCUAUCAUUAUGGUCCAAUUGGUUGAGUUUCACAAUACCAUCUACUUUAUGGAGACUUGCCUAUAUCACCUAUGUAGACUUAUCAUACAAUUCUCUAAUUGGACCUCUCUCGGAAGAUAUUGGAAAGUUGAAAGUUGUGAUAAAUUUGGUUAACCUAACCUUGGCAAAUAAUAAUUUCGAAGGCCCUAUUCCAAGUACAUUUCACGACUUGCUAAGCCUGAAUCUCUUGGAUUUAUCUAGAAACAAUCUGUCUGGAGUGAUUCCAAGGUCUUUAGAAGCUCUCUUACUUCUCAAGUAUCUGGAUUUGUCCUUCAACAGGCUCCAAGGAGAAAUUCCAUCUGGUGGACCCUUCCAAAACUUCUCCGCUCAAUCAUUUGUCUCAAACACUGCACUCUGUGGUGCACCCCGACUUCAUGUUCCACCAUGCAAAAAUGGUACACUUGAACCAAAUUGGAGGAAAGCUAAAUAUAUAAUCCCGGGGAUCAUAUCAGUAGUGCUACUAGUGGCCUCCAUAUCUAUCUUUCUUUUACGCAGGAAAAGGAAUGUGGAAGUUCCAACAGAGUCUACCUUAUUGUCUCAACUUCUUUGGAGAAGAGUUUCACGCCUAGAACUUCUAAGGGUGACAAAUGGAUUUAACGAAGAAAACAACUUACUCGGAAGUGGGGGUUUUGGCUCAGUAUAUAAAGGGACACUUUCAGAUGGAAUAGAUAUUGCGGUAAAGGUUUUCAAUUUACAGCUAGAAGGGGCUUUCAAGAGUUUUGAUAGGGAAUGUGAAAUGCUAAGCAACAUUCGUCACCGAAACCUUAUCAAAAUCAUCAGUUGUUGCAGUGAAAUUGACUUCAAAGCCUUGGUACUGCAAUUCAUGCCUAAUGGGAGCCUGGAGAAGUGGUUGUAUUCUGAGAACUGUUCUUUGAAUAUCCUAGAGCGGUUGACUAUAUUAAUAGAUGUUGCAGCGGCAUUAGAAUACCUUCAUCAUGGUUAUUCAAUGCCUAUUGUCCACUGCGAUUUGAAGCCGAGCAAUAUACUACUAGACCAUGAUAUGGUUGCGCAUGUUGCUGAUUUUGGAAUUGCAAAACUCUUGGGUGGAGGAGAUUUUAUGACCCAAACCAUGACCCUAGCCACAGUUGGGUAUAUGGCUCCAGAGUAUGGAAUGGAAGGAAUAGUUUCAACAGGAGGGGAUGUAUACAGUUUUGGGAUUGUAGUGAUGGAAACAUUCACAAGAAGGAAGCCAACAGAUGAGAUGUUUGUUGGUGAAAUGAAUUUAAAGCAAUGGAUUGCAAACUCACUAGUAUUACCAGAUGCAAUGAUAGAUGAAGUUGUGGAUGCCAAUUUGCUUGGGAUUGGGGCACAACAGGAAGAUGAUGAUCAUGUGGGGAAGAGGGAUUGCAUAUCAGCCAUUAUGAGAUCAUCUCUUGCUUGUUGUGCAGAAUCACCAGAAGAGAGGGUAAGUAUGAAAGAAGCUGUAGCCACACUCAACAAAAUCAAGACAAAGUUUGUGAAGGACGUUUCUUCAAGAGGUGUGUUGUUAAACCGUCCUCUUGUUCAGCGCUUCAAUUAA